CACAGGGUGCUCCCUGAAACCGCUGCUCCUGUGUUCAUCUGUGGCUUGAGGGAGCCACACUCGUCCAUCUUGACGUAGUCACUGCUGCAAAAUCACCGCUGUGCAGUGUCCGAUAGGUGUUUGUGUGAAUGGCGAUAGUGGUGAGGCGCGAGGGCUGCCCGGAUGAGUGGUGCCUGGUGGAGGCCCAGGGCUACAUGUCCGCCACGCCAUGGGACGGAGAUCUGCACGAACAGCCGCCCCAUCUGUUCGACGCACUCGACGUCGGCACGCUCACAUGGGUGGUAAGCAGAACGUUGAGUGGAUGGAUGGUUAAAUCCGAUGGAAUUUCAGUCAUCCAUCUGUUGUGCUGUGUGGUGUGUGUUGUGUUGUGCUGCAGAACGACACGACGGCCAAGUUGACGAUAGGCAGCCACACGCUUACCGGCACCCUCACCCCGAUCCCCAAGCCCCUGGCCAUCGCAGGCACACGGCACGUGACCGAGGCCACCCACCCGCCAGACGACCGCCCGUCGCUGCGCUACGACGUCUACGGCAUCGUCAGGAGCAAGAUCGUCUUCAAGACCCGCCCCACCACGCUCAUCGACCCGAAGCACCUGCACCCGUCGGAGGGCAUCACAGUUAAGGGCGGCCGCAGCGGUGGGUCGGCCAAGGGUGCCCAGCUGCGCGGCAAGUCCAGCGCCAAGCCGGGUGGGAGGUGUGUGGAGGUGGAGCGCAAGGAGGGCCCGCUCAAGAUGCACCCCUUCUUCGCUAAUGUGGGUAAGGGCAGCAGUGAGCCACCGCCACGACAAGGGGAGGGGCAGGGGCGAGGGAAAGACCAGGGUGGGGAGAGGGGCAAGGAGGCGAAGAGAGCAAAAGUAGCCGACAACAAGGAGGCGAAAUGACCAGCAACCAACCAACCUACCACACGAAAGGACCGACCGAAGCUAGCGAGCGGAUUGGGGAAGCCGUGUGGUGAAUGGAUGGAUGGAUGGAUGACCGAUUUGUGUAUAUAACUACGGGCUUUGAGUGGUUGCGUGAUAGCGUGUGAGGGUGGGAUCGAGGGGUACUGUAUGGUGCGGUAGCUGCAUGGUGCAUUCACUUGUGGAUGGACGGACGGGUACAUGUCGAUGCAUCGACGGACACUUUUACGUCAUGUGUGUGGUCUCAUCGAUUCGGUGAGUUGAGUGACCCCCCAGUGCGGUGGGCAUGUCAAUGAACCAACCGAUGGACGGUUGUGUGUUAGAUUGUGAAGGUGUGUGAACCAAUCGUCACUCACACACAGUGGAGGGAAUGAGGAUUGUGUG